UAGCUAGGCUGCGUCGUCGUGGUACAGUUUUGAGUAAUCCAGUGCAAUCUUGGUCGCUGAGUGUUUGAAGAAAGGCAAUGGGUCAACGACUGGUGUAUCGACGACGACUUUCAUACAAUACGAAGUCGAACAGGCGGAGAAUAUCUAAGACACCAGGUGGACGGCUUGUCUACCUCUAUACUAAGAAGCCGGGAAAAGUUCCUCGUUGUGGUGACUGCAAAGAAAAACUACGGGGGCUCCCUGCUGUCAGACCUAAGAAAUUGAUGUCAAUGUCGAGAAGAAAGAAAACUGUGUCCAGGUCUUACGGAGGAUCACGCUGUGCAAAGUGUGUCAGAGAAAGGAUUGUUCGUGCCUUCCUCAUUGAAGAAGAAAAGAUAGUAGUACGGGUGUUGAAAGCUUCCAAGAAACGUUGAACUGGUAGCCACAUAUUGUACUAAUCAGUGUCUUAUUGAUUAAUUAAACUUCCUUAAACAAAA